AUGUGUUACCGUAAUAUUAAUAUUAAUGAGCAACGUCAGCGGUCGAACGAGAUCUCCAAGCUCAUGAAUAUUAAUGACCUGCCGGAUCGACGCCAAUAUAGUCUCUACCUUAUUUGUACUGUCACAUUUGUAAAAAGAGUAUCAAGGGGUACAAAGUACCAGCAACACAUGCAGGAGCACGAGGCCACCAUGACCCUCAGAUGCACAUAUUGCUCAUAUGAGACAGAGGGGAGGUCGAAGAUGACCAGGCAUUUUGGGAGGAUGCACAAUAGUAGAAAACAAGAGGCGAAGUAUAUAAACUACACUGCAGCAACGACGGGACAUCUGAGGAAGCGUGAAGGAGAGAGAAGGGAUAAGUGGGAGGAAGAAAAGAAGACAGAAAGGGAGAGCAAGGAAAGGAAGGAAGAUAAAGAUGACAGGAAGGAAAGAAAGCGUGAAGGAGAGGACAGGAAGGAAAAGAAGAAAGAGGAGGUAGAGGAGAAGGACAGGAAGAAAGAAACGGAUUAUUUCUGA